CAACGUUAAAGGUCAGACAAGAACACAAAAAGCAUGGAAAUGGACGAGACAUCUUUUUUUAAACAACUCGCUGACACUCUUUGUUUUGGAGAAUCAGCCUUACGACUUGUGUUGUCUUUAUUGGCAGGGUAUCCACUGGCCUAUGUAUACAGACAUUUUGUGUACAGGAAACCCCCUGUGGUGCAGCAUGUCUUCUUCAUCCUCACCGGACUGGCAAUUUGCUACUUUAACUACGGUUUUGACACAAUCCAUUCCAUCACAAACGUUGUCCUGAUAUGGCUACUGCUGCAGAUCUGUGGAGGAACUAAGUGGAGUGUAGCCGUGGGAUUUGUGCUCAAUACGGGAUAUCUUUUGAUGGGCUACUACGUUCAGGGCACGGACGAUUACGAUAUUUCCUGGGCUACACCGCACUGUGUCAUAACACUACGUCUCACUGGCACCAUAUUUGAUAUUUAUGAUGGGAAGAAAAAAGUGGAGCAUAUGUCAGAGGAGCAGAAGUCCAGUGCCCUUUAUCACUGCCCCUCUCUCCUGGAGAUGAUGGGACAUGUUUUCUACUUCGGAUCAUUCCUUACUGGACCCACGUUCAGCAUGCGCCGCUACCUCUCCUUCGUGACCGGAGACUAUGGCCUGGGGCUCGGACCUCCUAGAAAUCAUUACGAGGCAUUCAGCAGACUCGGGGCGGGGGUUGCCUACAUUGCCGUGUUUCAUAUACUGUCUUUCCUGGUCUUCACAGAUCAAUACAUGCUUUCUUCUCAGUUCAACGAUCUCAGGUUCUUCUCCAAGUGUGCCUACAUCUUGAUAUGGGGGAAGCUACACUUGUGUAAAUAUGUUGGCGUUUGGUUACUUGGGGAGGGUAGUUGUAUAUUGACGGGUCUCACAUACAAUGGUAAAGACGUGAAUGGUAACAUGCUGUGGGACGGGUGCUCCAACACAAAACUGUAUGUCCUCGAAUCAGCAUCCACAUUUAAAGAGGUGAUUGUGGGUUUCAACGUGUGCACAAAUACAUGGAUGGCUCGGUACAUUUUCAAAAGAUUAAAGUUCCUGGGCAGUGUACAGGCAUCACAGUCAGUAACACUUCUGUACCUGGCCAUAUGGCACGGUCUUCACUCGGGAUACUAUAUGAACUUCUUCCUGGAGUUCAUUAUGGUGAAUGGAGAGACACAGUUAUCGAGUGUUUUGAGAUUAUUGCCGGCCACCUCUAAAAUUCUUUCACUGCCGGUGUUGUCUCCCCUGGUCUGGCUGGUGAAGAAGAUAUGCAUGCAGUUCUUUCUCAGCUAUGCACUUGUCAGCUUUGUGCAUCUUAAAUGGCAUCGGUAUAGCCAGGUCUACUCAUCCAUCUCGUACGUCGGCCAUGUUGUGUUCUUGGUGCUGCCGCUGUUCUGCGUGAUGGUGAAAUCCUCGCUCAAGACCCCUGGGAAAUCCAGCAUCAACGGUGUACCUACACAAAAAUCUAAAGAAGAGAGUAAGAAGAGUAAGUAGGACCUGGAGACGGAUAAAACAGAGAGCAGAGACACGUCCAUGUUCCACUGAGCAACUUAAUGGUUGUGCGUAUAAGGUCACCCAAGAUUAGCCUGUGCAACACAUAAUGGACAAUCAGCGAAAAACACGCGUUUAUGGUAUUUUUCGUUUGAAGGAAUCUUGUAUGCUGGAAAGACUGCACAGGAUAAUCUGGAAAGACACUUUACACACAUGCAUAAAGCCCUGUUUUCUGGGGACGAGGAUCACUUAUUCUCUAGAUUUGUCUCUGGGAUUGCUCUUACAUUCCAAGUGAGCCUUGCUCAGGGAAAAUGGGGCUUAAUUCAA